UUUAGGGGUAUGGGUUGGAGGAGCUGUUCAGAGCCAGUUUGGUAGAGUGAAUCAAUCAAUCUGCUCUUGGGGCAGUCCCUAUCCAGUAUUAGGAAGAAGAAAAGAAAAGAAGAAAAAAAACUGAUUGCGGUUUUUUCCUUGCUUACCCACAAAUAUAUCCAUCAUCCUCUUGCAAUAUCAAAUAAAACCCACCAACUAAUCCGCUCUAGCAUGCAAUUUAUGCAUGUUACAGUUGACAUCUAAAACCAUUGACUUAAUUACUCUUCUCUCUUUCUCCUCCCCCGGCAACCCCUCCUCCUCUUUCUCUCAAUUAGUCUCUCUAUUCCCUGACACCCAAUUCCAGUGAUCUAGCAGUAUAAAUUUCUAAAUCAGUUGUACCAAAUUCAAUCUCCCUGUGUGCUUCUUCCCGCGGUCUACUGAAGUAGCUAGGAGCAGAUCAAUGAACAGCACAGAUCUAAACUCCGGAGGAGGAUUACUCACUGAAAAGAUUGGCGGUUUUGGUUAUGGUGUUGCAGUCUCCGUCGGCAUUCUCUUCCUCAUUACAACCAUUACUCUAGCUUCUUACUUCUGCACUCGUGGCAACAACAUUUCUUCUCAAGAUGGUCAUCAUCAAAAUCCCAACACCCAUUUUUAUCCUCAUCACACGAUACACAUCAUUGAUAAUACUAAUGCUCAGAACCAUGAAGUAGGUUUAGAUGAAACAACUCUAUCAACUUACCCAAAACUUUUAUACUCUCAAGCUAAAAAACAUCUUCAUAAUCAUCAUAAAGAUACAUCUACAAAUUCAUGUUGUUCAAUUUGUUUAGCGGAUUAUAAACCAAAUGAUAUGCUUAGAUUGUUACCAGAUUGUAAUCAUCUUUUUCAUCUAAAAUGUGUUGAUCCUUGGUUAAAGCUUCAUCCUACUUGUCCUGUUUGUCGUACUACUCCUGUUCCGUCCCCUAUGUCUUCUCCAAUGGCUACUCCUCUCGCUGAGGUUGCUCCUUUAUCAAUGCAUCGUGUAUGAUCAUCAAAAAAUGAAAUUUUUUGCCUGAAUCUGUCCUUGUAAGUUCAUACUUCAUAGUUGAUAAUUUAUUUAUUUUACAUUAAAUUAAAAUUAAUUAAUGCCGUGUACAUCAUGUAGUUAAUUUCUACCAUUUUAUAUGGGUCAACCAUCUUUUGUAAUUUAUACAUCAUGCAGUAAAAUUUAUGUAUCUAUUAAUUUUUA